CUACUGUCAACACAACUCUCUCUGUCCCUUCUCUCCUUUCUCUCUCUUCCUCUCAGUUGAGUUCUCCUCGCUGGCAAUAAGCAUACCGAAUAGUUUGUUUGAUACCAUUUCCUCCUUCCUCUCCUCUCCAGUCACAAACCCUGCUCUGCUCUGCAGUUCUUUCCUGCCUCCCUCAUCACCCCCCACCGCCACCGAAAUAAUGUACACAUGAAAGUGCUCCUACCAAUUCCUUUCUCCUCUCCUCUCCAGAAUCUCGAUUCAAAAAACUUAACCGUUUCCUAACACCGGGCCCGGGCCGGGCCUUCUCCGACAAGCUGAUUCUGUGAAGAAAGCUGACACCUUUUUCCCUUGGAAGUCGCAGAAAUAUUGGUGAGGUAAAAGGAGGAAUUGAUGGAUGGAGCUCUCGGAUUUUCCGGAGAUUGAAAAGGAUGAAUAGCUGAGGAGCCAGCCUGCAGUUUCUCUGCGGUUUUCAGUGGAAUGUGGGAGGGUUUUGUGUUUGAUUAACGUUUAGUGGGCUUUUGGUUGAAGAAGUAACUUCCAUUUUUGAUUUGGGGUUGGAACUGGAAAUGGUGAGCUCUGAAGAAGACCCUAACAAGGGCAUUGAUGCGUCGGUGGGCGGGUUGGUUUGGGUCCGUCGGAGAAACGGGUCGUGGUGGCCGGGUCGGAUCCUCAGCCCAGAUGAGCUGCCGGAGGGCUGCGUGCCGACGCCCAAGGCCGGCACUCCUGUGAAGCUUCUUGGUAGAGAAGAUGCUAGUGUGGACUGGUAUAACCUGGAGAAAUCAAAAAGGAUUAAACCUUUUCACUGUGGAGAGUACGAAGACUGCAUCAAGAAAGCCAAGUCAGGCGCGUCUCAACUUUUAAAGAAAGGAGUCAAAUACGCUCGACGAGAAGAUGCGAUUCUUCAUGCACUCGAAAUCGAAAAUGCCCGUCUUCAAAAGGACCUUCCGGAUCUUUCCGGAACACCAGAUACAAAAAACAGUGAGCAACAAAAUCGCGCUGACGAACCUUCCGUGCUCAAUCCUAGCAAAGAAAACAAAGAUGUCGACAAGGGUAAUAGCUCUGGGGACGGUUCGGAUUCAGCUCAGGAACGAUCCCAGUCAGGAGUGUCGUUCGAGGAGCCCGAGCGUGCGGUCGUAGACGAUAAAGAACCGAAGCAGCGGAAAACUCCAAACGAUUCUGAGGACGACGGGCCGGGAGGAGCGAAACGGAUGAAAGGACUUCAGGAUUUGGGGAUGGGCGCAGCGUUGCCGGCGAAGAGGAAAAGAUCGCAAGUUGCUCAUGUCCAUGAAUUCUUGAAAAAGAAGAAUCGACGGCGCACUAUGACGAAAGUUUUAGAGAGUACUACAGCAUUGCCAGUUCCUGCCGCAAACGAGCAACCGUCCAGCCCUGUCGAACCUUCUGCGCAGAUAGCUUCCGACAACAACAAGACUUCUGAGUUGGAAUCCUACGAGUCGAAGAAUAGCAACUCUGUUCUCGUCAAUAAUAACUCGGAUAGUAAUGGCACUUCAUGCGAAGACGCGACGCCGCUGGAUGCGGCGGGGACUAAACAGAAAGACGCCGAGCAAUCUGCAGGCACGAAGAUCCCGUCUCUUUCUAAUGCGUCAAAGAAGGCUCCAAUCGGCGCCAAAAACGAAUCUAGCCGUAGUAGUCGCGUCGAAGAGCACAAUGAGUCGGGUUCAACGAGUUCGGGCGCUGCGAAUAUCCCUCAAAUCAGUACCGAUAAACCAGAGAAAGGCGCAUCUGAUUGGCAGAUAAAAGGGAAGAGGAAUUCUAGGUCGAGAAAGGUUGAUAUCGACAAUGAAGCUGAAACAAACUUGCCAGGCGCCGACGAGGAUCCCAAGCCUGCAAAGUCGAGGCCAAUUACCGAAAUCCAGCUCGGCUGGAACCGAAGUUCUCCAAAAGAAACCCAGUCCGCUCCUCCGAGAAUGCUCCCGUAUCGCCAGUCUCGUUUCACAGUCAACCCGAAGUACGAGGCCUCCGAAUUUUCGCUCAGCCACCACAUUGCGGGACCUAACAUUUACGAAGUGACGAUCACAGUGAAAACGGAGUACAAGCCGCAGCACGUCCCAUACAUUUCCCUUAUGAGCAAGUUCAACAGCGACCCAAUUGUAGGGCACCCUCUCACAGUCGAGGCGGUCGACGAAGACUUCUGCAACGACUUAAUCAGCGCCGGAAAUUCUAAGUUAGAGCUCGACGAUCCGGGAGAAGGCAAGGAAGCUUCGAAAGGUGGCGGAAAGUCUAAAAAGGUAAAGUCAGGGCGAGGUAAGCGAAACAGAAAGCAGGGAUCACGCGGGCAGUCGGGAAAAGCUCCGAGGAAGAGCGUGGCGGCGAUGUCAAAGAAGAUUCGGAAACUGUCUUCCCUGACAGGAUCACAGAGAAUGAGCAAAGAAUUGCAGAAAAGGAAGAAGAAGAAAGCGGGAGAAGGCGCGGAAAAGAUGAGGGGACCGUCGGUAGCUUGUGUCCCGUUGACGGUAGUUUUCAGUCGGAUAAACGCGGCGUUGGCGUGAUCGGGAUUGCGAUCGGGAUCGAUGGAUGGAUUAGGUUAAAAGGGAUAUAGAGAAGAUGAAGUAUGGAUUUGGUUCUUGAAGGUAGAGUUGUUGUUUUUAACCAAUAAUGGUGAUGAAAGAAAGGAAACACAAAACAGGGAAAGACUUUUAGUGUGUGUUUUUAGAGAGAGAGAGAGAGAGAGAGAGAAGCUUUUGUUGUACAUAAAAGUGCAGAUGGCUUCAUAGUUCUGAUGCUGCUACUUUGUUGUCUAUUUGAUGUUUUGUUUUGUUUUGUUUUAUGGGUGAAAGGAAGUAAGGAUUGGGAUGUUAGACAUAGACAUUGAGAUUAGACUAACCUUUUGAUUUUGAACCUUA